AUGCCCUUCGGGCUAAAAAACGUAGAAGCCACAUAUCAGAGAUUGGUGAACAGGAUCUUUAAAGAUCAGCUCGGAAAAACAAUGGAGGCGUACGUGGACAAUAUGCUGGUAAAAAUCAUGGAAGCAGGGAAACACUGUAAAGACCUGAGGGAAACGUUCGAACUCCUUCGCCGGUACCAAAUGAAACUGAACUCAUCGAAGUGUGUGUUCGGUGUUUCUGCAGGAAAAUUCCUUGGCUUUAUGGUGACCCAUAGAGGCAUAGAAGCAAACCCGGACAAAAGAAGAGCCCUUCUAGAAAUGGAGGCUCCGCGGACGAAGAAAGAGAUCCAAGUCUUGACAGGGAUGAUAGCCUCCCUCAGCAGGGCAGAGAACAGAAAGGCCGAUGCACUCGCAAAAUUGGCCUCAGAAACCGGUUCGAAAUGGAAGGACGCUAUUUAUCUACAGAGGAUAGGGAAGCCCUUUUAUGAGGAGGAGAGCAUUAACUCAGUGGAAUCUGAAAUCAGCGAGGAGGAUUGGAGGGCGCCUCUAUUCCUGUACCUCCGGGACGGAUCCCUACCGGAGGACAACAAGGAAUCUCUAAAAGUGAGAAAGAAGACAGCAAGAUAUACGCUGAUAGGCCGAGAGCUAUACAGACGAUCCCUAACACUGUCAUACCUUCGUUGUCUAAAUAAUGAGGAAGGGAAAUACGUACUAAGGGAAAUCCACGAAGGAGUGCGUGGAAACCACCUUACCAAUAGGGCCUUAGCCCAUAAAGCCAUGCGGCAGGGAUUUUACUGGCCCAUAAUGAAGAAAGACGCCCUUGAACUCGUCAAAAGAUGCGGCAGGUGCCAGAGGUGCGCAGCAGUACCACACGUACCGUAUAAUCUUCUCUCUCCUCUUACCAGUCCCUGCCCCUUUGCCCAGUGGGGAAUGGACAUCUUGGGACCUUUACCGCUGACAGCUAGUCAAAGAAAGUUUCUGGUUGUAGCAAUUGACUAUUUCACUAAAUGGGUAGAAGUCGAACCCCUAGCCACCAUAACAGAGCAGAACAUCACGCACUUCGUAGAGAACAUGAACCGAACAAUACUGCAUGGCCUGAGGAUACGACUCAAAUCUAUGCAAGGCAGGUGGACAAAGGAACUCCCCUUGGUCAUAUGGGCAUACCACACCACCAAGAGAGCGGCAACAGGGGAAAGCCCGUUCAUGCUCGUCUUUGGCGCAGAAGCGGUCAUCCCAGCAGAAGUAGGGAUCCCCUCCUGGAAAAGGCAAUACUUUAACGAGCAGGCCAACAAUGAAGAGCUCAGAUCAGAAAUUGACCUACUAGAGGAGAGACAGGAUCACGCUAGCCUAAAAGUUGCAGCAUACCAACAGAGGGUAGCAAAAUACUACAACAAUGGCGUCAAAGUUCGGAAUUUUCCCGGAGACUUGGUUCUAAGGAAAACGCGAAAAAGCCCAAUAGAGUCGGGGUCGCACAAGCUGAAGCCAAACUGGGGGGUCCAUACAAAGUCACAACCGAGAUAA